AUGGUCCUCAGAAGCUGCCACCGCCGCCGCGGCCGCCGCGAACCGCUCAUCGUGAGGCUGCGCCCCGCACUUGUGUCGUUUAUACUACUCUUCCUGGCCAAGUCAGACGAGGCGCUAGACUGUGAGGGCGUGGAUGGCCACGUGAAAUUCUGCCCCGCUAGCAACACUCUCAAACUGGAUUCAACUGCUCCUUUGACUGGCGAUGUCGUAUGGACUUUCCAGGGAAAGACCGACUCCCUCCCAGGUGCCGCUACAUUCGGUCCUACGACUGGGAAAACAACAACCCUGACAUUGCCCGACCUGAGCGCUGCGGACAGCGGCAUGUACACUGCCACCUACGGCACCAACCCCGUCACCGUCCGUAAAUUCUCAAUCCUUGUUGGAGCCGUCACGUGCACGGCAGCAACACCCUGCAACGUUGUGACGGGGAGCUCCAUCGUGAUGGAUUCUGAUGGUUCAGGCACAGUCACCUGGGUGCAUACGGCGCCAUCUGCCACGGCCACCACCUCCAUCACCGACGGCACCAAGUUCAGUGACAGCAAUCUCAAAGCGAUGGGCCUCUUCAACGUGCAAGCACCAAACGCGGGGACCUACAAGGCCUCGUACGGGGAAGUUUCUAAGGAUUUUCCAGUCGUCGUCAAAGCUCGCGUCACCGCUGUCACGAUCCAGGGCAAAGCUGCUGUGUGUGCAGGCGGCACGGUCAGCUUAGAGUGCAAGGUUGGCGGUGAUGCCGAAGAAGUCACUUGGAAGAAGGACAAUGAUCCCACCACUGCUAACGUCAAUGGCAAGGACUUGACCAUCAGCGCGGCGCAACCGGAGGACGCCGCUAAAUACACUUGCCGCGCCAAAAGCUACCGUGGCGGUCAACCGGCCGAUAGCCCCGACUUUGCUCUCACCGUUAGCGCGGCCGUCGACUGCGAGAAACCACAAAGAGGCAGGAACUCCUCCACCCCCAUCAUCAACAGUGACGAAAAAAAGGGGACCUUUGGGGCCGCCCGGGCCGCGUCCCGCUCCGUCGCUCUGCUGCUGAUGACCAGCCUCCUUCAGCUCUGCUGGAUGCUGUAGACACGGCGGC